GUAGAGUAGGUAGAGUAGAUAUUCUUUUCAACUUUAGUGAAAAUUGUGAAAACAAGGCCAAAGUUCAAAAGUUAUCCUUAAUUUGUUUUUUUGUAAAUUACUAUUUAUAGUUAAGAGUAAGCGUGAAAUUUUAACAUAAGUUUGAAAAUGACUCUUAAGUUGUAUUUUGAUCUUAUGUCACAGCCAUCUCGAGCAUUAUAUAUUCUCUUAAAAAACGUUAAAUGUGAUUUUACUCCAGUGCCUGUAGAUUUACGAAAAGCCGAACAUUAUUCUGAGGAAUAUACAAAAAUUAACCGAUUUCAACGGGUUCCUGUUAUAGACCAUGAUGGUUUUGUGCUAACUGAAAGUGUUGCCAUCUUGAAAUAUUUAUCCCGUGAAGGCAUUAUCCCUGAUAACCUGUACCCAAAGGAUUCCAAGCAAGCUGCCAGGGUUGAGGAGUUUCUAGAAUGGCAACAUGCAGGGUUGAGAUUGCACUGUGCCAUGUUCUUUAGAGUGAAGGCCCUUGACCCAAUUAUAACCGGUAAAACCCCAGACCUUAAGACACUGCAGGGCUACGAGCGCCGCAUGGAGAGUGCUCUGGACACGUUCAAUGACCUGUGGCUCGGGCAAGGCAAACCGUUCGUGGCCGGAGACCGCAUUAGUGUGGCAGACUUGCUUGCCGCGUGUGAAGUGGAGCAGCCCAGGAUGGCUGGUUACGACGCUAACGCCAAGUACUCGAACAUCGCGGACUGGAUGCGGCGCGUUCGCGAAUAUUUCAACCCGCACUACGACGAGGGGCAUGUCAUCCUCAACAAGAUUGUGCGGAAUAAGAGCAAAAUGGCUCCUAAACUUUAAGGCCCCCGUUUUAGUAGGGAGUAUAGGUGCUAAUAUAGUAACUUUCACACGAGUAUUCCGUUUGCGGGAUCCUGCAUGCAUACUACAAAAAACUGUACCCGUAAAAACUGGACGUCAGAGGAAAACAGCUCUAAAGUGGGAUCCUAUCUCAUCGCAUAAUAAUUGAUUGUCAGUGUCAAUGUUACGCAUAAAUCUCUUUCCGCAUAUUUUUUCUCCAGCUGAAACAGAAAGUAUUUGCGAAAAUAUUUUGCAUAGGUUGUGUAGAAUAGCUUAGGUUAGGUUAGGUUUGUGUUAUAAUUUUUCGGAAAUGUUAAUAUUUCCAGCAUAAUAACAAUUAUGCGAAAUGAGUUUUAUGCGUAACAUUACAUUAGGACAAUCAAUUAUUAUGCGACCCAAUAUGGACCUCUCUAAAGUGUAUGCGACCCGCAUUUCAACCCGUACUAGGACGAGAGUCAUCAGAGCCAUGUGGGGUUUUUGAGGAUUACAUAAUCCUCAACAAGAUUGUGCGGAGUAAGAGUAAAAUGGCCUAUGAAUAAAUCCGUUUCUGUAUACACAAGAUAACAUUCUAUAUAUGUGUAAAUUGUAUAUAUGGAGUAUGCGACCAACUCCAAAUACUUCAGAAUGUGGAUUACACGGAGUAGUUCCAAAAAUGGACUCUAAGACACACCUGACAUGAGCUGAAAUAGUCAGAAAUUCAUCACUGGAAUCUCUAUAGUCACAAAUUCAAUAUUCCGUCAACAUUCCGAUUCCGGUGCUGAAUUUCCGAUUUUUCUACAUAAAACAAGUGUCAAUGAUAAUAUCUUGAGUUUAUUAUGUUACUUUUGAUUUGAAAUCAAUCAAUGUCUGUCCGUUUGUACCUAUUAAUCUAACAUAUCAGUUUAAAACUAUAUGCAUUUGCAUUGUGAUUAAUA